AGGCAGGGGAGCCGGGCCGGAGCCAUGGCCAGGGCAGUGGUAGCAGUUGGAUUGACCAUUGCUGCUGCGGGAUGUGCAGGCCAUUAUGUUUUGCAAGCCAUAAAGCAUAUGGAGCCUCAAGUAAAACAAGUUUUUCAAAGUCUACCAAAAUCUGCCUUCAGUGGUGGCUAUUACAGAGGUGGGUUUGAACCUGAAAUGACAAAACAAGAAGCAGCAUUAGUAUCAGGUGUUAGCCCUACUGCCAAUAAAGGGAAAAUAAGAGAUGCUCACCGAAGAAUUACGCUGUUAAAUCACCCAGACAAGGGAGGAUCUCCUUAUAUAGCAGUCAAAAUCAAUGAAGCUAAAGAUUUACUAGAUGGUCAAGCUAAAAAAUGAAGUAAAUGUAUGGUGAAUUUUAAGUUAUUAAUCAUGUAUAUGAAAACAUCUUUUUGUAAUAAAAGAAGCUA